AUGCUCAGGAUCGCUGCGGCCUGCCACGGCCUCCUGUCUCGCACGACAGAGCGGCACCUACGGCGUACCCACCCCCACGUCGCCGGGCUCGACGAGUGUGGCGUUGGAGCCAUAGCUGGGCCCGUUGUUGCCGCCGCCGUCCGUCUCCCAGAGAGCGACGACGCGGCCGCCUGGCUUCCGGCUGGCGACUGCAAGUUGCUCUCCCGCGCCGCCCGGCUCGACGCGUACGAGCGGUUGCGCGCCGCGCCACGUGUGCUGUGGUCGUGCGCCGCAGUCGACCACAGAGCCGUCGACUCGCUCGGACCGCAAGCCGCCGCUCACGCGGCGAUGCGGCUGGCGGCGGCGAGGCUGGAGCGGAAAGCAUGUCGCUCGUGCUUCUACUACCUGGUGGACGGCGAGGCGGUGCCUGCGGGCCUGCGCGGCGAGGCGCACGUUCGCUGCGACCAGUCCGAGGCGUGCGUCGCCGCUGCCUCCAUCGUCGCGUCGGUGGCGCACGAGGUUGCGAUGCGGUCGCUAGGGCGGCGCCACGGCCUGUGGGACUUGCCCACCAACCUCGGUUGGCCGAGCAGACAGCACAUGCGCCUACUCCUGCGACACGGGCCCAGCGGCUGCCACCGCGGCAGCUGCUUCCCCUUUGCGCCGCGGUACGGUCGCCGGCUCGCGUCGCAUCCCGACCGUGCCGCGUACACUGUCGUGCAGCGCGAGCUGCGGCGCGCGCGCAGCGAGGAUGCGGUCGCCGGCGGCGGAGGCGCCGGGGGCAGCGGCAGCGACGGCGCGGACGUGUGCAGCGACAGCGACGGUGCAGAGGCGGGCGGCGGCAGUGGGAAAGGCGGCGGCGGGGAAGGCGGCGGGGAGGAAGGCGGCGGCGGUGGGGAGGGCGGUGGCGGGAGGGACCAGCCGGCCGGUGCGGAGGAGGCGCGGCGCCGUCGCUACCUCGAGUUGGCGGGGCGGAUCGAGGCCGCCCGUGCGCCGGGCGCGGGGGGAGGCGGCCCACGGCGGUACGAGGCCGGCUCAGCCUCGUCAGUGAGGGGUCGGCGGCGGCGCCGCAGGAGGCCCAGCACACACUGA